AAGAUCGGCAGGCUGUUCAGCGAUCAAUUUGCACCGUUCGAUUGCUCCGUGUUUUGCUACGUCAUAUCAGGUUUCUCCGCAACGGGUCCAGCCCCCCUCGCCGUAAAUCAUCCGGGCUCACUUUUCCCGCCGUUUUCUCCACCGUGAGCGUUUGUCACCAGCUUUCAGUUCGCGGCGCGAGCGAGGCAAAGAAAUUUGUCGACAGAAAGGUGACUUUCACGGAUUCCGUACGAGACGGAAUGAAUCCUUGAUUUGCUUCCCUACUAAAUCUCAAUUCUUGGGGCUUCAAGGGGAACUAUGAAACAGAAGGAAGAGAUCGAUCUUAGGAAGAAGGGGAGGUUGCCUCGUGAAUAAGUGGAGCAAGUGUCCUCAUCGAUUGCUUCAAUUGAAAAUAUUUUUGCAAGGUCUGCAUUUUGUAGAAGAGAUCAAAUAGUCUAAAUGGCAGAUCGUGUGGGCAAUGAUGAGACAAGAAGGGUUGUUUUUGUAACCGUGGGGACAACUUCAUUUGAUGCUCUUGUGAAAGUGGUGGAUUCUCCGGCGGUCAAGCAAGAGUUAUUUACAAAAGGGUACACCCACCUCCUGAUUCAAAUGGGGCGCGGAUCUUAUGUUCCCACAAAGUCGGAAGGAGGUAAUUCGUUGGCUGUAGACUACUUCACCUUCUCCUCCAGCAUUGCCGAUCAUCUCAACUCAGCUUCUCUUGUCAUCAGUCACGCAGGGUCAGGUAGCAUAUUCGAGGCGUUACGACUGGGAAAGCCUUUAAUUGUGGUUGUGAAUGAAGAUUUGAUGGACAAUCAUCAAAGCGAACUGGCAGAAGAACUAGCAGACCGAAAACAUUUGUAUUGUGCACGUCCUCAAACUCUGCAUCAAACUGUAGCUGAUAUGGAUUUGAACUCUCUCGUCCCUUACUCUCCAGGUGAUGCCACACCUGUGGCAAAGCUCAUCAAUAGAUUCCUCGGUUUUUCUGAUGAUUGACGACUUAAAAUAUGAUUCAUCUAACCACAUGCCUUUGCAAUUCUUCAGAUUCUGCACCUUCAUUUCACACGAUUCUUUUUCAUAUAUAGAACAGAAGGGGAACACUUGACUAGUUUACCCUUUCGGUAGUUAUAAAGUAGGUGGAUACAGAAUGUAGGAAGUACAAACUUCUUCUGUUUUAUUUUUAAAUGAAUCAUAUAUAUUGCAAAAUUACAAGAAUUUUCCAUUGAUUCAAGAGUUUAAUCCCAUAUCAAGGCCUAAGAUGCCUUAGUUAA